AUGAACACUCUUGACGAAAAUCCUGGCUCCGCCACUGGGUUUGAAACGGGUGACGGGGGUGAAGUUGAGGAAGUGAAACACACGAGGGCGGCGGAGCUGGUGGUUGACGGUGGUGGAAGUGGAGGAGCCGGUUAUGGAAAGAAAUGUGGUGGUUGUGGAGGUGGUGAUGAUUCUGAUGGUGGAAAUGGUGAUGGUCCUGAGUAUUGGGAUUCAUCAAAUAAUGGGAGUGAUACUAUUGAUUUGUAUUACACAAAGAUGAUUCAAGCUAAUCCUGGGAAUUCACAGCUUCUUGGAAAUUAUGCAAGAUUCUUGAAAGAGGUCCGUGGAAACUUUGUGAAAGCAGAAGAAUAUUGUGGGAGAGCAGUUUUGGCAAAUCCAAGUGAUGGAAAUGUACUCUCAUUAUAUGCUGAUUUAAUUUGGAGAUCCCAUAAAGACGCCCCUCGUGCUCAAAACUACUUUGAGAAAGCUGUUAAAGAUGCACCAGACGAUUGGUAA